UACGUCGCUCCGCUCCGCCCCCCGUCGUGGACGCCACUCGCAUCAUUCACAGCAGCGUUUUCCGUUUUGUGUCAGAAAACGUUCCAGUGUUAGCGUAUUCACUUCCUACGAGCAGAGUUAGCGCUGUGGACGGUGUGUCGACCCGAGUGAAGAAGAGAAAUGGAAAACGGUCAGUCCUCAACCGGCGACACGAAGCUGGACCAGGCUGUCAGACAGUGGCUGCAGUAUGACAAGAACCCCAAGACGGUGUCCAUGGUUAAGGACCUGGUGAAGGAAGGAGCGGUGGAGGCUCUGAGGAAAUGUUUCUCCUCCAGGAUGGAGUUCGGUACGGCAGGUCUGAGAGCUGCCAUGGGCCCCGGCAUUUCCUGUAUGAAUGACCUCACUAUCAUCCAGACAACGCAGGGUUUCUGUCACUACCUGGAGCAGAGCCUCGGGAACCUUAAAGAGCGAGGGGUGGUGAUCGGUUAUGAUGCCCGGGCCCACCCUCCCAGCGGGGGCAGCAGCAAGCGCUUCGCCAGUCUGGCUGCAGCUGUGUUCAUCAGCCGAGGGGUUCCUGUCCACCUCUUCUCUGACAUCACUCCUACACCUUUUGUGCCUUUCACAGUUUCUCACCUGGGUCUGUGUGCUGGUAUCAUGGUGACCGCCUCUCACAACCCUAAACAGGACAAUGGCUACAAGGUGUACUGGGAGAACGGAGCCCAGAUCGUGUCUCCCCAUGACAAAGGCAUCGCCAAGGCCAUAGAGGAGAACCUCGAGCCGUGGCCCGAGUCCUGGAACACAGAGGAGGCCCUGAAGAGCCCCCUGCUCAAAGAUCCCUACCAGGACAUCAACACACAAUACUUCAAAGCCAUCCAGAAACACUGUCACCACAGGGACAUAAACAAGAGUUCAGAGGUGAAAAUUGUGCAUACGUCUGUGCACGGUGUUGGCCACACAUUUGUCCAGUCAGCUUUCAAGGCCUUUGACCUUCACCCUCCAUUUGCUGUCGAGGAACAAAAAGAUCCAGACCCUGAAUUCCCCACCGUCAAAUAUCCCAAUCCUGAGGAGGGGGAGGGAGUCCUGACACUGUCAUUUGCGCUGGCAGAGAGAGAGGGGGCUACGGUUGUGUUUGCGAAUGACCCUGACGCUGACCGACUGGCCAUUGCUGAGAAGCAGGAAAGUGGUCAGUGGCGAGUGUUCAGUGGUAAUGAGUUGGGAGCGUUGCUCGGCUGGUGGAUGUUCCGCUGCUGGAAACAGCAAAACUCUGACGCUGCUGCUGUGAAAAGCCUCUACAUGCUGUCGAGCACCGUCUCAUCCAAGAUACUGCGCGCCAUCGCUCUCAAGGAAGGUUUCCACUUUGAGGAAACGCUAACAGGGUUCAAGUGGAUGGGAAACAGAGCCAGAGACCUUCUGAACCAGGACAAGACUGUUCUGUUUGCCUUUGAGGAGGCCAUAGGUUAUAUGUGUAGUCCUUCUGUAUUAGACAAGGAUGGAGUGAGUGCUGCAGCCAUCGCAGGAGAGAUGGUUUCUUAUCUGGCCAUGAAAAAAACAAGCCUUUCUCAACAACUCACUGCCAUCUACACAGAGUAUGGCUACCACAUCAGUAAGAACUCCUAUUUCAUCUGCCAUGACCAGGACGUGAUCCGCAGCUUGUUCGAGCGCCUGCGCAAUUACAGUGGCAAGAAGGACUCAUAUCCCACUGAAUGCGGCCGCUUUUCCAUCUCUGCUGUACGAGACUUGACCACCGGCUACGACAGCAACCAGCCCGAUAACAAGGCUGUUCUUCCCACAUCCAAAUCUAGUCAGAUGAUCACAUUCAGCUUCACCAAUGGGGGUGUGGCCACCAUGAGGACCAGUGGCACUGAGCCAAAAAUCAAAUACUACACUGAGCUCUGUGCUGCUCCUGGUAACAGUGAUGUGACGCAGCUGAAGAAGGAGCUUGAUGACUUGGUCGAUGCCAUUGUCAAAGACUUCUUCGAGCCAGAGAAGAAUAAGUUGCAGCCCAAACCGGAGUAGCACUGAUAACACAUACAGUCAGGACCAGUUGUGACUAAUAUCUCUUACCAGCAUUGCACAUAAUGUCUUAAUUACUGCAGAAGGGAUUAAUGAUUCAGUACAGGCGUCAUUGUGAUUUACAACUGAUUUAAUCUACAUUUUGGCACCUUGCUUUUUUUCUCAGUUUGGACCAGACCUUACCUUUUAAUUAAUCAUUCUUUAACCAUCUGCAGGGUUGAAAUCAUCUAACCUCCGCUUUGUUUUUUUCUAGAUGUUUUUGCAUCCAGACCCUGUUUUACACCAAGAGGUCAUAGUAUAUCACAGCUUAAUGCUUUUAAUUCAAUUUACCUCAGCACUGGAGAUUUUAAGCCACAACUGACUUUGUGCUUGUUUGAAAUUCAACGGCCAGAGUCAUACUUGUUGUCAGACUGUAGUGUUUUACAUACACGCAUUGCUGUAUAAUCACUUGUAAUAAUAAUGCAUUCCAUACUGCUUCAGCAUUGACUGCAGAGCAGCCAAUGUGAGGACUUAAACAAGGGUGUUUGUGAGAACUGCUGAUGUUGUAACAAAUGGAUUUUGUAAAACUGCUGAUUAACUUUGAAUGUGUGAUACCUUAGUUAAUAGUAAGGUAUAACAAUGAAAGUGACAAUUCAAUAUAUGAUGUCUGAUGUGAAAAUCAGGUCAAUACAGAGUUUCUAGAUUGUAAAAUGGCCAAGCUUGAAAGCUAAGAGCACCACCCAGUGGAGGCAUUGUAAAUUCAUUCUUUAAAUGCACCCGCAGUUUAUUACUUGAUAUGAUAGUUGUUUACAAUCAAAGGGACUUUUGACACCACAAAUACAAUUCAGACCUUUUUUUUCCUUCCCAGUAUUUAAGUCAACCUGACUAUUCUCAAAGAAAUUUGUAAUUAGCAGCUCACCUAUCCUUAUGUGCCUCGAAUUCCAAAAUACUGUGCUGAAAAUACAAUUUUACUCAAUAAAAAACGGUUUCUAACUGUG